AUGCUGUCGGGUCUGCUGUUGCUAUUCUGUUCGGCUAACGCCGCUCUAGCAGAGGACACGGGUACUCUAGGCGCCCUCAAUGAAUUACUGUUGCAGUCCAAUUAUUUACCAGGUGUUCCUGUUGGAAUCCACCAAUCAGAGGUUGCCCCCACGUUAACAAAGACACAAUCGACACAUGACUGUCCUGCUACAAAAAUAUUACAACAAAUAGAAGGAAUACUUUCAAAACUUUUGAACGAGGACUACGGAAGGAAUAAUCCAAAUGAAAAUAUCGUUCGACAAGACGAUCCAGACAAUGUCGACUUGCUUACAGGUGAAGUUGGGAGUGAGAAUUUAAUAAUUCCCAUGUCCAAAAUCAGAUCCUUGAAGCAACUUUUGGAGAAUAGUAAACUACAGAAGAAACUGAGAACAAAGAUCACAGUUCGAUAUCAGCUUCCAAGUGUCGAAGAUUUGGAUUGCAAGCAGACACUGGCGAGGAUUCUGCAAAUGCUAAAGGAAUCCAAUUAUUUGCGCGAACACCACCGCACGUGCGGCGCAAAUGAUAACUGCCCUACGGAAAAUUUUGUUGAAAUUAAAAAUAAUGGUCACAACAAUGUAUUGAGCACUGCAAUAAAUCAAGGAAAAAAUUACGAACCCAGCAUAUAUCCUUCCUUGUCAAAUAAUCAGGCAUCGGCCAUCUUUAACGGAGUACCAGAGAGUCAGAAUCAGGAUUUGAGUAAUCUUUUAAAACAAUUACUUUCUAUUAAAACUAAUAAUGAAAUAUUAACGACUAAGGAGCAAAUACACGUCAACAACAAUACACAUAGUGAUUAUGAUCAACUUUCCAAACCCACAAAAGAACUUAAAAAUGAAAUCAAUGUUGAUACUCUAAUCCCAAAAGAUUCUGUUCAAGAUAGUACCAAGAAUUUCCAAGUUAAUAAUAAACCAUAUCAAGUAGAUAUUAUCGAGCAAGUAUUGAGCCCAUCCGUUGAAACAACUAACGAGAAUGCAAAUUUAAGUAAGAUUAUUGCAGACACACUACUAUACAAAGGUCAGACAUCUUUAAAGCAAAAUCCAAACCUUGAUAAAAAACCAGACAAUUUAUUACUGACUACUACAAAUGAAGCAAACAUAGUAUCGCUGGUUCCAUCGAAUUACAGUGAGAACAUAGAGAAUAAUAUUUCAAAUGAUGGAGAAACGAUAACCAACAUAGAAACAAUAGCACCAAAUAAUGAUGUUCAGAUGACUAAUAUCGAAGGACAGAAGGAAGGUUUCUUAAAUAUUGUAGACUACAUUUCAGAUGCCAAUUUGAAAGACAGUCCUAAAAAUAUUACCACUAAUAAAAUAACGCCUGUAAUAGAUGAAGUCAAACAGAAAGGUGAUUACAAUGACCUCAUAAACAAUUUAUUAAAAUAUCAAUUGCAGAAAGUACAACCAGCUUCCUUGCAAACAAACGAAAAGUAUUUGGGUAUAUCACCUUACUACGUGAAUCGCGAUGUGAUCUUGAACAACAUAAAGAAUCCAUCGCCCAGUGCGAUUCCAAACAUUCCAGUAUAUCAAACACCUUAUCAGAUCGGUACGGGUUUUAACGGUUAUUAUACUAACUAUCUUAACCCUUAUAAUCAGUAUUCGAAUCUGAACCUACUUAACCAAAGGCCAAACCCGUUGAACAAUCAGAAUAUGCUGUACCAGACGUCAUACGGUAAAGCGAAUCCAUAUUUCGUCAAUCCUAAAUUGAUUGAUAACACGAAACAUGAUGGCCAGCAGUUGUACGCGCCGUAUAAUUUACCAAAUUUGCAACGGAUGGUCGGUGUGUCGAAUCAAGCCGAAUUGAAUUCCGCACCCGAUAACAACGGAGUAGUUGAGCUGACGUACAUGCUCAAGCAACCCAAACCCGUCGUCUAUCAACCGGUCUACUUCGUCAAGUAUCGGCUGCCCUACGAAUCCUUUGUCAGAAGCCUAAGGGAGUUGCUGGUAAGGAAGCCUCAGUUGAGGACCGAUCCCGCCAAACUGUAUCAAGAGCUGUUGGCCAUAUCUAAAAUCGCCGAGAUAUCGCCAACAUUGCAGGGCUUAGGGAAACAACAGCUAAUGCAGAUGGUAACUACUAACGGCGCUUUAGUGAAGACCAAAGUUUUAAAGAUCAACGAGACCGCAUUGGACAAACAGUUGGAGUCCGUUCAGAAUUUCAACUCGAUGUUGGCACCAAACGAAAUUGUCAACGUAAAGUAUUCGAUUGAAGCCAAUAAACAACCCGAAAAUUCGGGUAAACCAAAACUAGCAACUGUUUUAUCCGAUCAAAGUGAAAUCAGCAAAAAAUAUCUAGAUCUAAUUCUGCAUCCGCAAAAAAAUGUAGGGAACGUUAAAGAAGUGGUCAACACGGAGCUGCCCUCCACUAAACUCCUGCAAGGUUACGAUGUACCAAAUAUUCCACCACUAGGU